AUGUACGCCCGUCUCGCUAUCUCAACCACCCCAACAACCAUGCCUCAACUCAAUGCAGCAACAAAUGGGUGCCUGCCAAACUUCCUCCCACCCCAGCAACCUCCAUUCAUGGGUAUGCUGAAUAUGGGCGUCCAAGGCCAGCUAUUUGGACAUGGGCAGCAGCAUAUGCCGUACCAACCCCAGGUUAUUCCCGGUGGACAAUAUAUUCAGCCUCAGCCUUCAUUCCACCUCAACCUGUACAGCCAGUCAUUCCGCCUCAACCUGUACAUCCAGUCAUUCCACCUCAACCUGUACAGCCAGUCAUUCCGCCUCGGCCUGUUCAGCCAGUCAUUCCACCUCAACCUGUACAGCCAGUUCCCCCGCCUCAACCUGUACAGCCACAGGCUUGUACUGUUUGUCCUCCGGGACCUGCUGGUCCACAGGGGCCACAGGGGUCUCCAGGGCCCCAGGGACAGCAAGGGCCUCAAGGGCCUCAAGGAUCUCCGGGGCCUCAAGGAUCUCCGGGGCCUCAAGGGUCUACAGGGCCUCAAGGGUCUACAGGGCCUCAAGGGUCUACAGGGCCUCAAGGGUCUACAGGGCCUCAAGGAUCUCCAGGGAAGCAAGGUGACCAGGGUGUUAGGGGUCCCGCUGGUGCCGAUGGAAAACAGGGCCCUGCUGGGCCUUCUUGUACUUCCGGGAAUCGCUAAAGGAAAUGGUGCAAAGUUUCAAGAGACUGCACCUCCUGCGAGCGGAAACGGAAUCGCCGAUGGGAAUGGCGCAAACUUCGAUCAAAAUCUUCCCAUCCCCGCGGGCCAAAAUGGAAUUGCCAAUGGUGAUAAUUCAACAUUUGAGAAUUCUAUACCUCCAGUGGGAGAGAACGGAAUCGCCAGUGGAAAUGACGCAAAGUACGAUGACAAUGUGCCUAAACCUAGUGACCAGACAGGUAUUGCCAAAGGGGAAGGUGCAAGCCUCGAGGAUUCCGUGCCUACACCAGUGGUCAAUUGA